AUGAUCUUCGCCAACCUCAAAACAGGAAACUACAUGCAAGCCCUCUCGUACCUCCCCUGCGGCGCCCUCAUCAAGAAACACCUCUCUGGUCUCUUCAUCCCGAGGAAAUUGUUGCAGGAGAAGAAAGCGCAUCAUGCACUUACGGUGUCGAAGGUUAUGAAUAGGCUGGUUGUCACGGAUCCGGAGAAGCAGAAUGAUUUACUGGGUUGCAUCUUGCGCAAAACUGGGUCUGUGUCUGGGCCUGGGUCUGGGCCUGGUCAUGAGAAUGAUAUCCUCCGCACAGGAAUGAACACCCAAGAAUUGAUCGCUAAUUCCGCACUUCUCAUCCUCGCAGGCAGCGACACGACAGCUACAGUGUUAUCGGGCCUGACGUAUUUCCUGUUGAGGGAUAGGAGGGUUAUGGAGCUGGUGGUGAGGGAGGUGAGGGGCGCGUUUGAGAGGGAGGAGGAUAUUGUGCUUGGUGCUGGAGGAGUGGGGAAGUUGAAGUAUAUGGGGGCUUGUUUGGAGGAGGCGUUGAGGAUGUAUCCUGCUGCGCCGGUGGCAUUGCAGAGGAUUGUGCCUGGAGAGGGGGCGUGGAUUGCUGGGGUGUGGGUGCCUGGUGGUACCAUCGUCUCCGUCCCACAAAUCGCUACGAACCUCUCAACCCUCAAUUUCCACCUCCCAGACUUCUUCGUCCCAGAACGCUUCCUCGGCGAUGAGAGAUUCAUCAAUGAUCAACGACAAGCUUUGAAUCCCUUCAGUUUGGGACCGAGGAAUUGUAUUGGCAAGAACCUCGCCUACGCUGAAAUGCGUCUCAUUCUUGCGCGUGUCCUCUGGAAUUUCGAUAUUGAGUUUGCUGAGGGAGAAGAGAGUAAGGAUUGGUUGGAUCAGAAGUCUUGGACGUUGUGGGAUAAGGGGCCGUUAAAUGUGGUUUUGAGGAAGAGGGAGGGGAUUUGA